AUGCAUUCUUUUUCUUUGAGUUUUUGAGUUUCAGAUGACUACACUUAAUCAACGUUUAUUUUCAGAAGAUAAUUCAAAAACCAAAUGAAAACCUAUAGUGAGUGAAUGAACCCUUUUGGCCUAAUUUGACUAGAAAUUGGAAAAUUCAUAAGUCAGUGCCAAUCAAACGAAACUUAUCCUUAAUUUCACAUAUAUUUCACUUUGUUUACUGAACUUGGUCCGGUAGUCAAGAAAACAUUCCACUGCUUCAAAAGAUUUCUGAAAAAUCUUUCGAAAACUAUAAAAAUUCCAAUAAUUAAUGGUGAAAAUCCGAUAGUUUCAAACCUCCUUGCACCAAAAGAUCAGAUCUCCUCUACAAAAUGAUGCAAACCGUACGCUUCUAUCUCUUUCCGUUCCUAAUCAUUUAUAAAACAACUGAGACCGUUAUUUUUUAAUUUUGACAGGAGUACGAAUUACGAUGAGAGUGAUGUUGGUACGCAAUUUCUUGCUGCUUCAACAGAAUGGAUCCGACGCUUCAAUAUGGGAGAUUUUAAAUAUAUCGUCAAUGCCUAUUUACCCACUGCAAAGUUGUAUGCUCGUAAUGCGAGUGUUCCAUCGCUACCACUUGUUGGACGAGAAAAGAUUGGAGAAUUUUGGAAUAACUUUUACAAAACAACUGGUGCGACGAAUUUAAUUUAUUAUGAUCGCAAAAUCACUGUGACGGGUCCAAGUAGUGGUGAAUCAUCAUCGAGAUGGACAAUGAAUGUUGGCGAUGGAUUUAUUGAUAAAGAAACAUGGAUGAAAAAUAAUGAAACUGGAAUAUGGUUACUUGCCUUCGAGGAUUUUACAGUGGAACAAAAUUAUAGAUAA